UUGUGAUGUUCAGCGAGGCGGGGCUGGAUCUGUCUGCUGCCUCGGUCUGGACGAACCACAAGUAGGACAGACACCAACAGAGGGAGAGCUGGUGGAGAAAGGAGUCCUGCUGCUGCUGCUGCUGUUUUAUGACAACUGAGAUCCGAACAUGACUUCAGCCGAGCAGACGGUAACGUGGCUCAUCACGCUGGGGGUCCUGGAGUCUCCCAAGAAAAGCAUCUCGGAUCCAGAAGCUUUCCUCCAGACCUCCCUGCAGGAUGGAGCGGUGCUGUGCAGGCUGCUGGAGCGGCUCCGACCCGGGACGGUGGACAAAUUUUUCCAAGAACCGAGGAGCGACAGCGAGUGUCAGAGGAACAUUGCCGAGUUUAUUAAAGGCUGCGGGGCUUUCGCCGUGGAGCCCUUCGAAGUCAAUGACCUGCUGCAGGGACAGAACUUCUCCAAGGUGCUAAACUCCUUGGUUGCCCUUAACAAAGCUACUGAAGAGUUGGGUGUUUCUGGAGACAGCGUGUGUGCGCCGCGCUCCUCAACAUUGAGGAUCAAGUCCUUUGACUCUCUGAACACUCAGAGUCGCUCCUCUAAACUGCUGCAGCCUCAGUACCGCAGCCUGGACAUGUCAGAGGACAGGGGGUGUGGCCAUUUGCUGGUCAAGGCGCGCUUUCCUUUCCAGCAAACCAAUGAGGACGAACUGUCUUUCUCCAAGGGUGACAUCAUCAGUGUGAGCAGGCAGGAGGAGGGAGGCUGGUGGGAAGGCUCGCUGAACGGCAAUACUGGGUGGUUCCCCAGUAACUAUGUGCGGGAGCUGAAAGGAAGCGACAAAGCAUCAGACAAGCCCAAGUGUGGGACACUGAAAAGUCCGCCCAAAGGCUUCGACACCACUAUCAUCAGUAAAACCUACUACAAUGUGGUCCUGCAGAACAUCCUAGAAGCAGAAAGUGAAUAUUCGAGGGAGCUGCAGAGUCUCUUGGGUUCAUACCUUCGCUCACUUCAUCCCACAGACAGACUCAGCAGUGUUGACAUCAGUCACAUUCAAGGAAAUCUGGAGGAGAUCUCAACCUUUCAGCAGAUGUUGGUUCAGUCCUUGGAGGAGCAUACCAAACUUCCUGAGAACCAGCAGAAGAUCGGGGGGUUCUUCCUGAGCCUGAUGCCCCAGAUGAAGAUCAUCUAUGUGGCUUACUGCUCGAACCACCCGUCUGCUGUUAAUGUACUCACACAACACAGUGAGGAAUUAGGGGAGUACAUGGAGUCAAAAGGGGCAUCUAGUCCUGGGAUCUUGACACUGACCACUAGUCUGAGUAAACCCUUCACCAGACUAGAGAGAUACCCAACACUACUGAAAGAGCUGGACAGACAUAUGGAAGACCAGCAUCCAGACAGAGGUGACCUCCAUGCUUCCAUGACGGCGUUUAAAAGCCUUGCAGCUCAGUGUCAGGACGUGAGGAAGAAGAAGGACCUGGAGUUGCAGAUUUUAACAGAGCCAAUCAGAAACUGGGAGGGAGAUGACAUCAAAACCCUUGGACCUGUCCUCCACAUGUCCUACACCACAGUUCACACGCAGAAUUGUCAGGAGUCAAAUGAACGCUACCUCAUCCUCUUCCCUCACACUCUGCUCGUACUCUCUGCCAGCCUGAGAAUGAGUGGAUUUAUCUACCAGGGGAGGAUGCCAUUAUCAGGAAUGCUUAUUUCCAGGAUAGAAGAUCAAGAAAACUUGAGGAAUGCUUUUGAAAUAUCAGGUGGUCAGUGUGAGCGAAUGCAGGUAGCGUGUAACACUCAGCAAGAUCUGCAGGACUGGCUGGACCUCCUCACCAAACACACACACACUCCGACUGCGCACACACACUCGCACAAGCCUCAGUCCAUCUGCCACACACUGCCCUCUCAUCCCGUCACUCCCACCAGACACUCUGAGUCUCGUGGAGGAAGCACUGGACACACCUACCACACUCUUCCUCAUCCCUCCUCGUAUGGAAUGGGCCACAGCAGCAGCCCUAUGUGGGGACCCCUGGAGCCACCAAGCACUCCCAAACCCUGGAGCCUGAGCUGCCUUCGCCCUGCGCCUCCACUUCGGCCCUCUGCUGCUCUCUGCUACAAGGAGGAUAUGAGUAAGAGUCCUAAGAACAUGAAGAAGCUGCUCCCUAAGAGGAAGCCGGAGAGGAAACCUUCAGAAGAAGACUUCACUGUCAGGAAGAGUACAGCAGCUCUAGAAGAGGACGCUCAGAUACUAAAAGUGAUUGAGGCCUAUUGUACCAGUGCCAAAACAAGACAGACUCUGAACUCCAGCUCCAGUAGGAAGGAUGUCCAGGUGUUGUUUCCAGAGGAGGAAAAGAUUAUAGUGGAGGAAACCCGAAGCAACGGACAAACUGUAGUGGAGGAGAGGAGUCUGGUGGACACUGUGUACAGUCUCAAAGAUGAGGUCCAGGAGCUUAAACAGGACAACAAGAGGAUGAAGAGGACGCUGGAGGAGGAGCAGCGAGCGAGAAAGGAGCUGGAGAGGAUUGUCAGGAGAGUUCUGAAGAAUAUGAACGACCCCACCUGGGACGAGACUAACCUCUGAGAUUAUAUCUGAACAUCACGGAUGAGACCAGUUUCUGACUUUUAAAUGACCAAAUGACAAGAGCUGUCAUUCAGCGUGGGUGGACAGAAGCUGCCAGUCGUUCAUGCUGCCAUUCAACGUGUCUCCAUUUCCACUUGCUUUGACCUUCACAGUGACCUGCGUGCCAAACUGUGGACCAAGAGGAAAUGCCUGCCAGCCAUUAGCGACGCCAUCCCAACUGACCAUAAAGCUGUGAAGCCAUAAUAGAGAUGAUGUCAUCCCUUUCUGUCUCGCUCCUUGACUUCGACUUUGGAGCAUUGACGAAAAAAAAAAAAAAAAAAAAGAAACGCCUUUUCUCAUUUACCUUCAUCUUCAUCAUUGACGGUGCAUGAAUAUGAGCUCGACAUGGGUUUUUAUAUUUCAGAAAGAUAUCACAACAGUAUGUGAAUGAAAUCCUUCAAUGAAACUUGAAAUAUACGUUCAUGAGAAGUAAUUUUAUCUCAGUUUUAAAUAUUAAUCAUCUUAAAAUCACCUUUUGAAAUUCAUAUGUUAUUGAUUCACACACUAACAAAUUAUAAACCUCCAUUUACCAGCACUUAGAAGCAGGUUUUACAGAAUUAGCUGACAGGUCUCAGUGUAUUGUGAAGAUUGAAAUGAAAAGAUUUCGCUCAACAUUUUGUGACAGAACACUUUAUGGAUCCCUAUAAGUUGUUGAUUUUUUUUCUUGGUCCUACUGUGACAGUUUUUCUACUUCUGCUUACAGAUCAUUGUUUGACGGCUCAAUCAGUGGGUUAACAGUCAAUCUUAAUCAGUGGGAUAUUUGAUUGUAUUUUAACUGAUCGUUUUAAACCUCUCAGAAAUGUGUACCUACUGGAAAAUCAUCUUGUUAUUGUGACACAGUUUCUCAGGAAUUAACAUCCAAUCAAAUUGCACAUCCAAAGCAAUAUUUUAAAAUGACAUGAUUUUGAAUUAUCUUGCAGAAAAAUUCCAAAACUGCCUCUUUAAUGAAGUUUGUUUACUAUCAAGUUCUGCUAAAAUCUGUGUUGCCCAGAAACAUCCUUUGUCUUCACUUCCCAACACUCAGUGGGGACUGUCAGGAAAAUCCAUCCAUCCAUUAUCUAUACACCGCUUAAUCCUCACUAGGGUUGUAGAGGGCUGGAGCCUCCAUCAGGAAAAUGCAGUGUUUAAUACCUUUUUCUUGAGCUAAUUGAAUUUAAGCUAAACAUAGGAGCAAUUAACAUCAACUCAACAUAAUUCUGGAGGCUGAUUAGAGUAUCCACUGCCUGUUUCAACUUUACAGUUUUGAUGUCUAUGUACCUUUUUUGAAACUCGUGGUACUACGGUUAGCAGUUUUCGCUCCGCAUGUCAGAACAAUAACUGUUUAAAGUAUGAGCUAAGAUACAAUCAAACACAUUAGAAUAAACUCGUAGCAUAAUGCGUCACAUGUAUACUAUAGUAUAAAAGCGAUGAAAACUUUCAAAACUUCACUUUAUACGUCGACAACAAUGUAAAGAAAAUACAAACCCACACAGUACAGAGCAGUAUAGACACUUCAAGUAUUUUCAGUUUAUAUCACUUUCUUAUUGCAACACUACCAGCUGAGAGGUUUCUAGAAGCCGUUUAGGUUCAUUUACUAUCUGAUUGUGAAAAAUGCACUGAACUGACUCUGUGUUAUCGUUUGCGUAGGAAGGAACCACUGUUUUACCCAAAUGAUGUCCAGAUACCGUUUUUCAUUCUGCCCGGAGCUAAACAAAAACACUCCCAGUGAGACCGCUGAACGCUCUUUCUGUUUCAAGACCAAAGUCAAAGCAAUACAACACUGGAAAAAAUGUUUUUUAUGAUGUCAAUAUGCAACUUACUGUAGAAUGAUUUCUUAUUUUUUAUAUUUGUUAUUGUGUUUUUACUCCGACUUUGAUUUGUAACACUUGUUAUUUUCUACUCGACCCGGCUGAUCACACUAAAGAUGAUUUGUACAGAGAAGCGGCAUUUUUCUCAUGAGCGUCUGGAGACGUGCCAUUUGGAGAAAAAACAAACAAACUGCUAAAGCUUUUAGCUUCAAGACUUCACCUACAAAUGACACAUUACUGAAUUUAGAACCACACUAAUGUAAGCCAUGUUAUACAGUAUGCCAGCUAUUGGCUCUAACUUAUGUAUUUAACUGAAACUGACUGAUGUAAAUGUGUUGUGUGUUCAGAUGUUACAGUGAUGACAAUGAUUGCAGUAGUGACUAUGAAGAGAAUCAUCCCCCUCUAUUUAUUUCACCCAUUUGUCUGUCAGUGAAUAAACUGUUGGAUCAAACUUGGACCUCAAGUCUCCAGUAGAUUCGUAUCUGCAAAUAAAAAGCUACAUCGACAUUCAGUGGA